AUGGCACGCAAGGCGAAGACGAGCACGAGUGCUCAGCCAAAAGCAGCGCUUGCAAGCAAGCAGAAAGCGACCAGGCAACCUGCGCAGCCCGCUGGCAACAACAGAAAGCGAAAGGCUCCUGCGAGCGAAGCUGCUGCACCUCCACCGAAGAGAGCUAAGGCAGCCCCGAAGACGAAAGCUUCCGCUUCUACGAAUCAAGCUGCUUCUUCCAGAAAGCCAGCCAAGGCAGCUUCGAGGCCGGACACAAGGCCGAAGCUGCCUAGAGGUUGGGUCUACGCUGGAGAUCCAGGUGAUGAUGGACCAGUCGAUGAGAAUCCAGGCGAUGGAAAUCCAGGUGAUGAUGAUCCAGGUGACGAAGAUCCUGGCGACGAAGGUCCAGGCGGUGAUCCGACCCCUCCCGAUGACAACGGUGACGACGACGGCGAGGACGGCGACAAUGACGAAGACGACGACGACGACGACGACUCGAGCGAUAAUUCCUCGCAAGACGAAGAUCUCGACGAAUCAUACAGGCUCGCAGCCAUCGCGCAGUUCAAAGCACUGAAACUCUCCAGGAGGAAUUUUCGGGGAAAGGAAAUCGCCAAUUUGUUACCCUUCCUCGAGAGCAUGACUCUGCCUGCUUCCAAUAAAAUCCAGUACACAGCGGCACGACCCAGAGAAACGAAGAGCAAGCAACUAGACGCCUAUAUUCUGAGCAAAGAAGACGCCCAUAUCCUUCUCAAAGGAACGAAAUCCAUCUGUGCCCCCGUAUUUAUCCUAGGCGGAGCCCCAGACGUCUGCGAUUCUUCGAGUCGUCCUAUCGAGCAAGCUCUAAACACAUGGUUUCUCGAUCCCCUGGAAAAUUACACCUUCCAUGAUUCCCAAGGCAAAGAAAGGACACCCAACGUCCAAAAGAUGCGAGAACACUUCCUCUCGUCAGACGGAAGUGGAGAGCAAGACAAAGGCUAUCCCUGGAAUCUACGUGACAUUCUCAACCCCAUGGCUCAGCAAUGCCUUCCCACCUUCGCCCAAUCAUUGAAUUGCAAUCUCCUCCGCGACAUCUACCGCAUCAUUCUCCAAGUCAGCGACGAGCUCAUCUGCCCCGCUGAUUGCCCCAAGCGGACGAAGACCGACCAAUGCUGUGACGGAAACGGAAACAACCACGAAAUCACCUCCAACGAACUCUUCCAAGUCUCAGCAGCCGCACGAGAACACGAAGGCACACUCAUGAUUUCCGAUCCUGGCUCCAUCACAGGCCCACACUGGGACCGCUGGUGCCUAGGAACAUACAUCUCCUGUCACGAAGGCGAAAUGGGACUCGCAUGGCUCAGUCAUCCUUCGACCAUCGAAGAGCACAAAAGAUGGACAGACACUUCCAAAAAUGGAAAACCCGAAGGUAACUGGCUAUUCAAAGUCUUUCGCAAAGGUGAUGCAGUCUAUAUGCCACCUGGAACUGUGCAUGUUGUUUUCCGACUUCCAGAAGGAGAGCAGACAAUGGCUACGGCUGGCCACUUUUUGAGGAGAUCGACAGACUGGAAAAAUUGGUUGAAAAUGCUCGUGCAUGAGAGAGAUACGCACAUUGCGAGGGAACAAGAAGAAGCUGGGAGUGGUGAUUUGACUAUAUUUGGUCCGAUUGUGAAGACGUUGAGGUUUCUGCUUGAUCAGGUGAAGAGUGAUGAGGAGGUUGAACGGUUUGGUGGGAAGCAGAGAGUCAAGGCUGCGCGAAAGUUGCUGGCAACUCUCGAGCGACAAGUGUCAGAGAUUUUGGCUACCAUCCCCGAUGUGGGCGGCCAGGAUGAUGGCACUGAGUAA